CUCUGCAGAGGCAUAUGGGACCUCUUGUCACCUGAGCACUUCUGCCUAAUACUGAUCCAUAUAUAAAGGAGCAGCAUAUGACGGGCUCCAACUCACAGAGGACAGCAGGUGAACAGCAGCUAGAGUCCCCGCCCAGUGACCAGACAGACCAUGCCUCACAAAGCUGCACUUCUGGCUUUGCUCCUGGCCACCUUCUCAGCUUCUCAGGCUGAACAGGCGAGGAAUGGGUUCUGGGAUUACCUCAGCCAGCUCACUCACGACAAGGACAGCAUGGCACAUACCCAGAGCAUGAAGCUGGACCAAGAGAUCAAAAAAGUGAAAGAAAGUAUCCAAGAAGGAGUCAACCACAUGGGAAAUCUCCUUGAGAAACUGGCCCCACUUAACAGAGGACUUCAGCCACGGUUCUACCAAGACUCCGACAGCCUGCGAAGGCUCAUCAGGAAGGAGCUGGAAGGCCUGAGGGUGAAACUGUCUCCUUAUGUGGAUGAGGUGCACCAGAAAAUCAGCAAGAACCUGGAAGCACUUCGCUUCCAGCUGACCCCAUUCACUGAAGAGCUCCUGGACCAGGUCUUGCUGAAAUCUAGGGAGCUCCAGCAGCACCUCACCCCAACUCGAGACAUGAAGGCCCAGUUCCUGGAAGGCGUAUAUGAAGUUCAGAGGUUUGUGGCUCAGUAUGCCAAUAAAAUAGCCUUUCAUAUUGACCAAGUGAAGGAGGUCUUCCAUCCGUAUGCUGCCAGACUGGUGACUGAGAUCCACCGCAACAUGGAAGAGCUCCAUAGAAACGUCACCCCACACACCAAAGUCAGCCCAGAGAAAUUCAAUCAGUACAUCCAGGAGCUCUCUGAGAAGCUGACCCAGAAUGCCAGGGAUCUCCACCAGAAGAUCCAGAGGAAUCUGAACCACCUUAAGGAGCAGCUGCGCCUUUACCCCAGUGGCCUCAGGGAGCACAUUGCUGGCACUACUGUAGACCCUAACUGGGCUGUGGACCCCUACAUGGAGGGCCUGGCUCAAGAAGUGCAGCAGAGAAUCGAGGAGUUCAGAAGGGACACGUUCCUCCAGAUAGAUGACUUCACCAGGACCAUUGACCGGGAGACAGAAGAAAUGAAGUUCAAACUGUCUCCACUGUCCUCAUACUCAGAGGAGUUUCAGGACAGCUCUGCACCUCUGGAGGAUUUACAUGUCCGGCUUGACUCUCUGUGGAAGGAUAUUUCCCAGAGUUUAAAUGAGAAAAGCAGCGAUUUACAAUGAAAUCCUGUACCUGUGUAUAGAGAGGGGUGUGCGUGAGUGUGUGUGUGUGCUCGUGUGCAUGCUUAAACCAUGCCAGUGGGAAAGAAAAACUGUCAAGAAGUCAUGUCGUACUCUACUGCACUGUUGGCUAAGGACACCUGUGGCCAUGACUUGGACAACUAUAACAAUAACAUGCCAUCAACAUGGCUCCUCGUGCCACAUAAGUACAGCUCUGUCCAGUUGCAGUGCUAGUCCAGAGUUCUCAAAUCAGAUGGGAGUUCAGCCAGCCCCUCCAUCAUUGCCCAGCAGUCCCCUGCGGCUGAAAAAACACUGCAACCUGCUCUCUCUUAGAAAGAUAAAGCCACAAAGUCACCUUCUGUCAGAAGGAUACAAUUCUGUGACUCCUUAUCAAAUCAUUUGGCAGGUUUCAGAGUAUCAGCCGUGUUAGUUUGUAUCCGCAAAAAGAAAAGGAGUACUAGUGGCAUCUUAGAGACUAACCAAUUUAUUUGAGCAUAAGCUUUUGUGAGCAUGAAAGCUUAUGCUCAAAUAAAUUGGUUAGUUUCUAAGGUGCCACAAGUCCUCCUUUUCCUUUUAUCGAAUCAUGCAAUUUUACUAAAAUAAUUCCACAAACCAUCUUUGCUGCGGUCUUUUGAAAGCCAAAUGGUCAGAGUGCUUAUCUCAGCAGCAGGAAAGAGGGAAUAAGUACCACACCUGUAAUUACCUAAAGCAGUGAUUCUCAAAAUUCAUUGCACCAUGACCCCCCUUCUGACAACAAAAAUUACUAUACAACCCCAGGAGGGGGGACUGAAGCCUAAGCCCACCCCAGCCCUGCCGCCCCUCGGGCUAGGGGAGGGAGGCAAAGCUGAAGCCCAAGGACUUAUGACCUGGGCAGGAGGCAUGUAACCGUAGCCCCUCGGGCUUUGGCCCUGGGUGGUGGGGCUCGGGCUUGGGCUUCAGCACCGGGUGGUGGGGCUAGGGCUUUGGCUUUGGCUCGGCCCUAGGCCUCAGCAAGUCUAAAAACAGCUUUGGCCCCAACCCACAAUUUGAGAACCUCUGACCUAUAGCAUACACUAUAUAUGUAUAUAUGUAUAUAAAUAUACAUUUAGAUAUAUGGCCCAGUUUUAUAAACCUUACUCACAUUGACUUCAGUGAGACUACUCAGGUGAGUAAGUACUAGUCAGUGGGAGUAAAAGGUCCAGAAUCUGGUCCAUACUGUAUAUCUUUGGAUUAAUACAGAGUUGAAAUGUUGAAUUAUUUUUAAACUCUUGAAGCUGGACUUCUAGACUUUAACAAUCUCCAGUGUGUUACUAGAGUGAAUAGUACAAGCUGCUAGUGUACUGCACCCUAUGUAGGUUACUCCGCAGUGUUAACCCUUUCCUUGCACAUUCUGUGUAUAUAUAAAAUAUCCCCCUCUAUAGUCACAGCAUUUUUUAUGGAACAGUUGAUGGGAAACAUUCAGGUGUUUGGAUGUUGUAAGUCACGGCCACAACAGUACUGAGAGGCCAUUUGCUAUAUCAGUUUUAUAGUUUCUUCCCCUGCAAUUUAAAUGACUGUCAAAUCUGCUUCAAUAAAGUUACGUUAGAUUUCUUUGGA